AUGCUCUCCAAGCCGACCUGGUCCGUGAGAUCUCUCCGCAACCCACCGCCGGCAACAACAGCAGCAGCACCGGCGCCAACGGAGAAGAUAACAAGCUCCCAGCUACACCACCUCCUACGCCUCGCUGCGCUUCCCCUGCCCCAGACGCCCUCUGAAGAACACACCAUGAUAGCCACGCUCCAAGACGAACUCCACUUUGUCCGCGCCGUCCAGCGCGUCGAUACAGCGGGUGUCGAACCGCUGCGUGCGAUUCAAGACGAGACGGACGAGGCUAGACGCGAAAACACAAUCACGUUGGCAGACAUGCAGGGGCUGUUGGAUGCAGAAGAGCGCGUAGGGCAUUACCAGCGUCCGAGGAGGGUGCGGACAAGGAUUGAAGAUGAGAGCAGUGAGAAGUGGGAUGUUGUAGGGACGGCGGGCAGGAAGGCGGGCAAGUAUUUUGUUGUUGAGAGUGGGAAGACAUAA